AUGAAAUUUUGUGAGCAUAUUGAGUAGAUCUGAGAAUCGGCCAACAUCUAUUUAUCAUACCCGCAAAAUGCAAAAUAACGUUUGUCGGAACAGCUAAUAUAACUCUAAUAUGUUUUCACAAACAAAAAUAUCCGUGUGGUUCCGGGCACAAACGUUUUAAUCAAAUAUCAAUUUGAAUAAAACGAUAAUGUCAAUAAACAUGUAGCUCCAAUCCGUGAAAUCUUUGAAAUCGCGAUUUAGAUUCUUCGCUGCUAUUGGUUGAGCGCGUCAAUUUCUUCGCGAUGAUUGACAGUAGUUGUUUGAUUGGAUGUUGUGACUAGUGGCGUAGAGAUGUCGCCACAAACAAAUAAGCACAAUUAUAUAGUUCACUGGGCUAUAUUACCAGAAAAGCAUGAAAGAAAUAUUUUAAUUUAUUUUUUUAAGCAUUUACAAUAUGAAUCAAAGGCAGGUGAACUUAAUGCUAGAAGCAUUUUCUACCAGUCAGCCCUCAAAAAAUGUCGCCUACCUAACGUCUCUCACUGGAUACAUUUACGCCUGGCCAUCAUUCACAUUAGAGAAUUUCAAAUCGAACGAAACAGUGCUAUCACACCCCAUGAGCUCUAUGGAACUCGGUCUACUAGGAAGCCUGACGAAUAUAGGAGCGCUGGUGACCACUCCGUUCUGCAGUUGGGCGUUGAACGUUCUGGGCAGAAAGUACUCGGCUAUUCUGUUUGGCCUGCCUUUUGUGCUAGCAUGGACGAUUAUAUACAUAAACAAUACUGUAGCAGUAGUCCUCGCCUGCGUUGCUUUAUCUGGAGCCGGGGCAGCAGGCCAAGCUGUGUCGUCAGUGUUCAUAGCUGAAAUAGCUGAAGAUUCCAUCAGAGGAGCAUUCGCGUCUACAACAGUCACCGGUUACUAUAUAGGACUGUUAAUAUCCUAUAUUUUAGGAGGUUUAUUGGACUACCAUCAAGUGGUGUUUGCAAAUUUGGCGCUGUCAGUUUUGUAUAUACUUCUGAUAGCGUUGCUGAAGGAGUCUCCGGUUUAUCUGAUGCAGAAGGGGAAGGAGAAGGAAGCCCGAAAAGCUCUAGCCUUUUACCGUCAAGUAGAUAUUACGUCCAAAGAAAUAGAACUAGAAAUAAACCAAAUAAAACUACAAUUGGAUCCGAGACUGCAGAAAAUGCUGGAGGAGGACGAUGUCUCAUUAGAAGAUAUGAAGGCGAUGGAGCUGUUACUCAAAAAUAAACCUGAAGUCGAAGAGAGAAAGGAUGAAUCAGAAUGGAAAUUUUUGCUAAAAUCAAAAUCCUCAAAGCGCGCCCUAGCCACCUGCCUCAUCAUCAUGUGUAUAACCAUCAUGAUGGGCUCCAUAGUGAUGCAAGUCUACGCGGAGCCGCUCUUCAAGGAAGCCGUUCCGACCAUCAACGCUAACAAGCUGUCCAUAUUCCUCGCCUUAGACUUCAUCAUCGCUAGUGCGCUGUGUUCGGUCUGCGUGGACAAAUUCGGGAGAAAGCCGCUCAUGACGAUAACCGCAGCCGGUGCAGGCGUCUGCACCUUCCUCCUUGGGACCCAAAUCAAGUACCGAUGGGCCCCCGACUGGUCGACAGCCUUCAUCGUCUACCUGUACUCCUUCAUUUACAAUUUAGGAGCGGCUGUGGUGCCGUUCAUUUUGCCCGCUGAAAUGUUUCUGCCAGAAGUCCGCGGUCUCUGCAACAGCAUCAUCAUGGCGUGCAUGUGGAUCACCAACUUCGUGUCCCUCAUCAUCUUCAACCCACUAGUAGACUGCCUGGGCCUAGGCAUAGUCUUCUGCUGCUUCGCCAUUACCUGCUUCCUAGGCGCUCUCUACAGUCACUUCUAUCUCCCAGAGACGAAAGGCCUACCCGCCGACGCCAUUCAGCUUCUAUUUUUGAAAAAGAAAAAAGUUGUUGUCGCUGCUUAAGUUAUUUUUUUUUUCUUGCCAGUAUUUGGCCGAGUUUGCAUUUGUUGUUU